AUGUCAAAGCUAUUUUCUACUGUCAAUUCUGCAAGACAUAGUGUACCACUAGGCGGCAUGAGAGAUUAUGUGCACAUUAAGAAACUAGAGAUGAAUACAGUUCUUGGGCCUGAUUCCUGGAAUCAAUUAAUGCCUCAGAAAUGUCUACUAAGCUUAGAUAUGGGUACAGAUUUUAGUAAAUCUGCGGCUACGGAUGAUUUGAAAUAUUCUCUAAAUUAUGCAGUUAUUUCUCGUGAUUUGACGAAUUUCGUCAGCAAAAAAAAGAAUUGGGGUUCUGUUUCUAAUUUGGCUAAAUCUGUGUCUCAAUUUGUUAUGGACAAAUAUUCUGGUGUCGAGUGUCUGAAUUUAGAAGUGCAGGCGGAUACAACGCAUAUUAGAAGUGACCACAUAUCUUGUAUUAUUCAACAAGAAAGAGGGAAUCCAGAAUCACAGGAAUUUGACGUUGUUAGGAUAUCUGAGUUAAAAAUGUUGACUUUGAUUGGUGUUUUCACCUUUGAGAGACUUAAGAAACAGUAUGUAACUUUGGAUAUAAAGUUGCCUUGGCCAAAGAAAGCCGAAUUGCCACCGCCAGUGCAAAGCAUAAUUGAUAACGUUGUCAAGUUUGUGGAGGAAUCAAAUUUCAAGACUGUGGAAGCUCUUGUAGAAUCUGUGUCAGCUGUUAUUGCCCAUAACGAGUAUUUUCAAAAGUUUCCAGAUUCGCCUUUGGUGGUGAAGGUUUUGAAAUUAAACGCAAUCACAGCCACAGAAGGUGUUGGUGUAAGCUGUAUUAGAGAGCCCAGGGAGAUUGCGAUGGUAAAUAUUCCAUAUCUUUCCUCCAUACAUGAAUCGUCUGAUAUUAAGUUCCAAUUGUCUUCAUCACAAAACACUCCUAUUGAGGGUAAAAAUACAUGGAAAAGAGCGUUUUUAGCGUUUGGUUCAAACAUUGGGGACCGUUUCAAACACAUUCAAAUGGCGUUGCAAUUAUUAUCAAGGGAAAAAACGGUUAAAUUACGGAAUAUUUCGUCUAUUUUUGAAAGUGAACCAAUGUAUUUCAAAGAUCAAACCCCUUUCAUGAAUGGGUGUGUUGAGGUGGAGACAUUACUGACCCCAAGCGAAUUAUUAAAAUUGUGUAAAAAAAUUGAAUAUGAAGAGUUGCAAAGAGUCAAGCAUUUUGAUAAUGGUCCGAGAACAAUAGAUCUGGAUAUUGUUAUGUUUUUGAAUAGCGCCGGAGAAGAUAUUAUAGUAAAUGAACCGGAUUUGAAUAUACCGCAUCCUAGAAUGCUGGAGAGGACUUUCGUUCUUGAGCCGUUAUGUGAAUUAAUAUCCCCCGUUCACCUUCAUCCUGUGACAGCGGAACCCAUUGUAGACCAUUUAAAACAGUUAUACGACAAACAGCAUGAUGAAGAUACCUUAUGGAAAUUAGUUCCAUUGCCUUAUCGUAGUGGUGUGGAGCCUAGAUUUUUGAAAUUCAAGACCGCUACAAAACUUGACGAAUUUACUGGAGAAACAAACAGAAUUACUGUUUCACCUACAUAUAUCAUGGCUAUCUUCAACGCUACACCAGAUUCAUUUUCCGAUGGAGGUGAGCAUUUUGCGGACAUUGAAAGUCAAUUGAAUGAUAUCAUUAAAUUGUGUAAAGACGCAUUAUAUUUGCAUGAGAGCGUCAUCAUCGACGUUGGAGGGUGUUCUACCAGGCCUAACUCUAUUCAGGCGUCUGAGGAAGAAGAAAUACGCAGGUCUAUCCCAUUAAUUAAGGCCAUUAGAGAAAGCACUGAGUUACCGCAAGAUAAAGUCAUACUAUCCAUUGAUACUUAUCGUUCCAAUGUCGCUAAAGAAGCGAUUAAAGUUGGAGUGGAUAUUAUUAAUGAUAUUUCGGGAGGUUUAUUUGACAGCAACAUGUUUGCCGUAAUUGCAGAGAACCCAGAAAUUUGUUAUAUUUUAUCACACACACGUGGUGAUAUUUCAACGAUGAAUAGGCUGGCGCAUUACGAAAAUUUUGCAUUGGGUGAUUCUAUUCAGCAAGAAUUUGUUCAUAAUACCGACAUUCAGCAGCUAGACGACUUGAAAGACAAAACAGUGUUAAUCAGGAAUGUUGGUCAAGAAAUUGGCGAAAGGUAUAUCAAAGCGAUUGAUAAUGGAGUAAAGCGCUGGCAAAUUCUAAUCGACCCUGGACUUGGUUUUGCUAAGACCUGGAAGCAAAACUUACAAAUUAUUAGACAUAUCCCCAUUUUAAAGAACUACUCAUUCACCAUGAACUCAAACAAUUCGCAAGUGUAUGUUAACCUCAGAAAUAUGCCCGUUUUAUUGGGUCCAUCGCGCAAAAAAUUCAUUGGACAUAUCACAAAAGAUGUGGAUGCGAAGCAAAGAGACUUUGCUACUGGAGCGGUGGUAGCGUCGUGUAUUGGUUUCGGCAGCGACAUGGUUAGGGUCCAUGACGUUAAAAAUUGUUCGAAGAGCAUUAAAUUAGCAGAUGCUAUUUAUAAAGGUUUGGAAUAA